AUGCCUUUGACGAUGCUGGGGAUGAAGUCGUGCAGACCGGUGAACUCACGGCUGAAGAACGUAGAGGGAGGACCAGGAGAGGACACAGGUGAGAAGAGGGAGGACCAGGACACACCAGAGAGGAGGGAGGACCAGGACACACCAGAGAGGAGGGAGGACCAGGACACAGCAGAGAGGAGGGAGGACCAGGACACACCAGAGAGGAGGGAGGACCAGGACACACCAGAGAGGAGGGAGGACCAGGACACACCAGAGAGGAGGGAGGACCAGGACACACCAGAGAGGAGGGAGGACCAGGACACAGCAGAGAGGAGGGAGGACCAGGACACACCAGAGAGGAGGGAGGACCAGGACACAGCAGAGAGGAGGGAGGACCAGGACACACCAGAGAGGAGGGAGGACCAGGACACAGCAGAGAGGAGGGAGGACCAGGACACACCAGAGAGGAGGGAGGACCAGGACACACCAGAGAGGAGGGAGGACCAGGACACACCAGAGAGGAGGGAGGACCAGGACACACCAGAGAGGAGGGAGGACCAGGACACACCAGAGAGGAGGGAGGACCAGGACACACCAGAGAGGAGGGAGGACCAGGACACAGCAGAGAGGAGGGAGGACCAGGACACAGCAGAGAAGAGGGAGGACCAGGACACAGCAGAGAGGAGGGAGGACCAGGACACACCAGAGAGGAGGGAGGACCAGGACACAGCAGAGAGGAGGGAGGACCAGGACACACCAGAGAGGAGGGAGGACCAGGACACAGCAGAGAGGAGGGAGGACCAGGACACACCAGAGAGGAGGGAGGACCAGGACACAGCAGAGAGGAGGGAGGACCAGGACACACCAGAGAGGAGGGAGGACCAGGACACACCAGAGAGGAGGGAGGACCAGGACACACCAGAGAGGAGGGAGGACCAGGACACACCAGAGAGGAGGGAGGACCAGGACACACCAGAGAGGAGGGAGGACCAGGACACACCAGAGAGGAGGGAGGACCAGGACACAGCAGAGAGGAGGGAGGACCAGGACACAGCAGAGAAGAGGGAGGACCAGGACACAGCAGAGAGGAGGGAGGACCAGGACACACCAGAGAGGAGGGAGGACCAGGACACAGCAGAGAGGAGGGAGGACCAGGACACACCAGAGAGGAGGGAGGACCAGGACACAGCAGAGAGGAGGGAGGACCAGGACACAGCAGAGAGGAGGGAGGACCAGGACACACCAGAGAGGAGGGAGGACCAGGACACACCAGAGAGGAGGGAGGACCAGGACACACCAGAGAGGAGGGAGGACCAGGACACAGCAGAGAGGAGGGAGGACCAGGACACACCAGAGAGGAGGGAGGACCAGGACACAGCAGAGAGGAGGGAGGACCAGGACACACCAGAGAGGAGGGAGGACCAGGACACACCAGAGAGGAGGGAGGACCAGGACACAGCAGAGAGGAGGGAGGACCAGGACACACCAGAGAGGAGGGAGGACCAGGACACACCAGAGAGGAGGGAGGACCAGGACAUAGCAGAGAGGAGGGAGGACCAGGACACACCAGAGAGGAGGGAGGACCAGGACACACCAGAGAGGAGGGAGGACCAGGACAUAGCAGAGAGGAGGGAGGACCAGGACACACCAGAGAGGAGGGAGGACCAGGACACACCAGAGAGGAGGGAGGACCAGGACACACCAGAGAGGAGGGAGGACCAGGACACACCAGAGAGGAGGGAGGACCAGGACACACCAGAGAGGAGGGAGGACCAGGACACACCAGAGAGGAGGGAGGACCAGGACACAGCAGAGAGGAGGGAGGACCAGGACACACCAGAGAGGAGGGAGGACCAGGACACACCAGAGAGGAGGGAGGACCAGGACACAGCAGAGAGGAGGGAGGAAAAGGUGUUUUGUUUAAAGAGAACAAACCUCGUCUCUGUGUGGCGAGAGCUGGAGCUCUGA